AUGCGUUACUUUCAAGUCUUUGCCCUCCUCGCCAUCCUUCUCGGCUUCGUCGCCGGCGCCCCAUCUAUCGUCACCCCUAAAACCGCUGGAUCCACCAUCGCCGCCUCAUUUCCCAUCUCCGAGUCGAGCGAAGCCAGCACCCACCCGAACACGACUCUCGCAGGCCGCGCCCUUCCCGGCCUUGCGGCGCGGCAGGAGUUCCCCAUUGACCUCCUUCUCUGCCAGACCGCCAAUUGCGCCAACUGCACCACGUUUCCUACUGAAGGCCUCCCCAAAUUCACAUGCUUCAAGGCUGGCUUCACGUACAUAUCGGCCCUCAUCAGCCAGCCGAGCGGCCAGGGCUUCCCGUUCGCCAUCCAGGCGGCUACACCCAACUGCGGUUCGCGCUCUCAGCUCGUGGCGGUCAACGAGUGUUUCAAUCUUUCCGGCGGGCCCUUCAACUCCUUUAUAUUGGAGCCGUAA